AGAAGCGGGACACCGCUCACUUCCUGCUCGACCUCUCACCUAGUUCCUCUGCCCCACAGAGAGCUCUGACAGGCGGCGGCUGUGUGGACGCUCGCUCGCCCGUGUGGAGGAACCGACAGCAUCUGUGGCACGUUCUGCUCUUGCACAUCGGUGCCCGGUGGUAACCCGUCAGAAAUGUGGAUGAGCACAUUUGCGCGUUUCGCCCUGCCGGCCCUGCGGAGUCGCACCUCUGCCGUGGCCUGCCAGGCUCUGAGGGCUGGUCGUAGACCGGGGCAGGUUGCAGAUCCGCUGCCCUCUUGUCUGACUUCAGCGCAGCUUCGUGGGCAGAAGACCCUGGUGUCCACCUCUGUCCCUGUGGCGAGCCAGUCUGUGAGGCACGCCCGGGCUCUGGAAGAGGCGCGGAUGGUGGAGGUGGAGUGGGAUGAUGGAGGCACCAGUCUGUACCCAUUCACCUGGCUGAGAGACAACUGCCAGUGUCCACUGUGUACGCUGCAGUCAGCUCAGGCCAGGCAGCUGCUGAUGUGUGAUCUGGAUAUCCACACAGGGAUUGACUCUGUAGAGGUCAUCAAUGACAACAAGGUGUCGGUUGUGUGGCCGGACCGGCACACCAGUGUGUUCGACUCAGAGUGGCUGAGGAGACGCUGUUUCUCUACUGGUGCCAGAGAGUCACUGCAGGAAGAGCUUUUCCUCAAUGAUCGUUAUUAUUUCGAUUCCGAGCUGAGCAUUCCCACCGGCAGCUUUGAGGAAGUCCUCCAUGACGAUGAGGCCGCGCUGGCUUGGCUCCUGGCCCUGCGUCGCGUUGGCAUCGUCUGCCUGAAGGGGGCUCCAAGAGAGAGAGGCCAAGUGGCCAGACUCGCCGAGAGGAUCGGUUAUCUCAGGCUAACAUUCUACGGGCACACGUGGCAGGUCCAGGACAAAAACCAGGCAAACAAUUUAGCCUACACUUCAAAAAGGCUCAGCCUCCACACGGACUACCCUGCGUUACACUUCUCGCCAGGAGUGCAGUUCGUGCACUGCAUCAGCCAGGCUGCGGAGGGAGGGGAGAGUGAGGUGGUGGACGGCUUCCACAUGGUCGAGCUGCUGCAGAGAGAAGACCCAGAGGCCUACAGGACCCUCACCUCCACCCAGGUGGACUUCACCGACAUGGGGAGGGACUACUGCGACUUCCUGCUGCAGUCCAAGAAAUAUCUCAUCGACGUUGACUGUAAAGGCCGAGUGCAGAGGAUAAACUUCAACAACGCCACCAGAGACUCGGUGCUGGACCUCCCCGUCCACCAGGUUCAACCCUUCUACAGAGCGAUGAAGCUCUUCUGCGACAUCAUGAGCCGACCGGAGAACGUGGUGGACUACAAAAUGGAGCCAGGCGACAUAGCGACGUUUGAUAACUGGCGUCUGCUCCACGGACGCAGGAGCUACGUCACCAGGCCAGACUGCUCCAGACACCUCGAGGGCGCCUACCUGGACUGGGACGAAGUCAUGUCUCGCCUCCGGUUACUCCGCAACUCUGUCCACAAGCACACAUGAGCUCGGGCGAACAAAACGGUAACAUUACCGUUUUUUUUUUUUUUUUUAUGAGAAUCUGAAAACUGUGAGGUGACGGGGCAACGUGCAAAGGUUCUGAGAUAAAACAGUCGAGAGACGAAUCGUAUGUCGUAAACCAGAGAUUUCUAAUGGAAGCCAGUGAAACGUAGUGAUGAGGAUUUUACACUUUAACUGAGAGCAAACGUUGCUUUAGAGCCUUUAAAAGAAAUUUUUUUACUGGCUCCUGUUAAAUAUUUGGUUUAUCACAUAGGAUGUUAUUUACAGUCGGCCAUUUUGUCUGAUGUGUAGUAUCGAUAACUGUGCGACUGAGUCAUUGCAGAAACGGUCUCUGGGUAAACGGAACUUUUUAUUCUUUUCUUGCCGCGUGUUUGAGAAUCUCGUGAAACUCUUUGAGUCACGUCUCCUCCACUGACCACAAAUAUCUGUCGAUGAGCCGGUAACAGCUACAACCAAUCGGAGCGCAGGAGACCUGACGUACCGGUCGAGGAACGUGAGACAGGAAGUGGAGCGUAGCGCGAAGCUGCCGUUUCCGCACAUCGACAUCUGUAAAUUAGUUUGAAGCUGAGAACUUCUUUAAAUUACUCACGUGGCAACUGAGCAGCUUUGGAGGUUUCAAGAAACUGAGUCAAACAUUAUUUCACACUUUUUUUUCCUCUGGAUGAUUUUAAAGUAUAAAGUUUUCUGCUUUAAUGGGAGAUUUCAGAUUCUCAGGGUGAUUCAUGUUUCAAACUCGGUGGUGGACACAUCCCAAAAAAAGUUUCUGUUAAAUAUAAGAACUAUAUAAAGGUGCUGGGACUUUUUCAAGAUUUAUUUUACUUUUUAUAGAAAUGUAAUAAAUCUCAGUCGAGCGAACGUUUCAGCGCAGAAC